AUGAUUUUAAUUGAUGCCUUUGCCUCGCUCCAAGAUCGAAAGCUAGAACCGUACUCCGCGUCUAUGGAGUGGCUCCAAAUGGCUCGUGGAGCAGGAUCAGUACUUAGUGUUGCGAUCCACGCCAUCAUCGAUGAUAAGAACGCUAAAAUCAUGGCGAUCAUAAAGGCUUCACCACAAUUAGACGACACUAAAUGCCUCUUCGCUGCAGAAAAUCGCACCCCGUUGCUCGCAACGCUUCUUAGCCGAGAACCUCCUUUGGAUAAGGAACCCUGGCUCCCGGAGACACAAGAUGCCUACGAACAAACAGUCUCAUACAUAGGCAACGCGCAGGCCGCCAUCUCCGCCAACGAGCACCCAAUGGGAAUUUGUCGACGUGUGAUGGCAUUUCCUCUUCUUGUACCCAAGAUGUUCCUCGACUUCGUUGAGCAGCACAGACCGUGA